AUGGAUAAGCUUACCGCCCCGGCAACGGCAGAACAACGGGGCGCCGAGCCCACCCCGGCCACACCUGUCAACACCUCUACUUCCUUUAACUCUCAACAGCCUGAUUGCCUUGUUUCUUCUUCUCAACAUCUUCUUGAUUCAGAUAUCUUCAUUCAAUCAUACAACCAGCUUCAUCAUAAUCUCAGCAUGGCUGACCGUUUCCCUUCCCUAGAGGACUUCUCUGAGGGCCAAACCGAAGUCGCCGACGCCCAGGGCACUCCCGAUGAUGACUUCCUUGCCCGUGAGCGCGCUGCGCUCGGUGAAGACGCCGACCAAUUCGCUACUUCCCAAGACCACGUUGCCGGCCAGAAUGUAGGCGCGGGGGAUGAUGACCUGCUCGGCGGAGGCGACGAGCCCGUCGAGGAGAUCGGUCAAUUUGAAUCAUCUUUCCCUUCAGUGGCAACCCAGAACCAGAACGAGCGCGUGGCUCCCGGCGGCACAAUCACCGGCUCCGGUUCACCUUUCCCCAGUACUGGAUACUCAAACACCCAGGAACCCGAGGAUGAGGGAGAUGCUGUUCGUGAAUGGCGCGAGAAGCGUGAUGCUGAGAUCGCACGCCGUGCCGAGGUCUCCACCGAGAAGAAGGCUGCUACCGUCAAAAAGGCACAGGAGGACAUCGAUGAUUUCUACGUUUCCUACAACAACAAGGCCGACAAGAACCGCUCGCACGCCCGCACCGAAGCUGAAGAAUUCCUUGCCAAGCGAGAGGAUACCUCCGCUGGUGGCACCAGCUGGGAGCGCAUUGCUAAGCUGGUUGAUGUUUCGGGCAAGGGCUCCGCGGGCGGUGCCAGCGGCUCCGGAAAGGAGCGUUUCCGCGAGUUGUUGAUCGACCUUCGGAAGGACCAGGAAGCUCCCGGUUCCAGCGGAAUCUAG